AACGAGUUGAAAUUUGAGGCUGUUUUGUAGGUGAUGUAGGUGUUUUCUCCUCACUUUUAUCUCAUUCAUGACCACCAUCCUGCCCCGCCUCUUCUUCUUUCCCCUUUCUCUCCCGUCAGUGAUUCAUCCUCAUGCCGCAGCAAUGAGUAACACGCACCCCAACUCCUCUACUUUAAUCCCGGAUGUGCAGGAGGUGAGGAACGUGAGCGUGGAGCUACUGCCCCUCAACCCCUGGGAUGUGGUGCUGUGCGUGACGGGUACGCUGGUGUGCUGUGAGAACGCCUUGGUGCUCGCUUUGAUCGCCCACACUCCCUCUCUGCGAGCGCAGACGUUUGCGCUUGUAGCCAGCUUGGCGUCUGCCGACCUGCUGGCCGGUCUGAGCUUGAUCCUGAACUUCAUCGUCAUCUACAUGACGGACACUGACAUCGUGACGUUGCUGUCAGCCGGCCUGCUCAUCACCGCCUUCUCAGCCUCGGUGCUGAAUGUGCUAGCCAUCACGGUGGACCGCUACCUGUCACUGUACAGCGCUCUUACAUACCACACAGAGCGCGCCGUCACCUUCACCUAUGUGGUGAUGAUGCUCGUGUGGUCUACCAGUGCUGCACUUGGUUCGCUGCCCGUGCUUGGCUGGAACUGUCUGCGUGACGAAACCACAUGCAGCAUCUGUCGGCCGGUGCACAAGAGCAACGCGGCCGCGCUCGCCAUCUCCUUCCUCCUCGUCUUCGCCCUCAUUCUGCAGCUAUACCUCCAGAUCUGCAAGAUUGCCGUGCGUCAUGCGCAGCAGAUUGCUGUGCAGCGCCACUUCAAGGCCGCCUCUCACGCCGCUUCCGCAGCCAAAGGCGUCUCCACGCUGUCAGGCAUUUUGGGCACGUUUGCGCUCUGCUGGGUUCCACUUGCCAUGUACUCACUGGUGGCAGAUACGUAUUAUCCAGCAACUUACACAUAUGCCACUGCUCUUCCAGCUAUCUGCAGCUCCAUGAUAAACCCCAUCAUCUACGCUUUCAGAAACCCGGACAUCCAGAGGUCACUGAGGCUCACUUGUUUCGGAUGUAUGCCCUACGGCUUUACAACGCGACCACGGACACCUAGUGAUGUGUAACUCUUUUCUAAAUGCAAAAGCUGCGGCAGUAAUCUUAAAAUAACACUCCAGCAGUUUUCAGUCCGUAUCUAUAUCUAUAGCUUCUGUAGCCUGUGCGAUUACCAGAAACAAGAAUUCCUGAGAAAAGAAUCGAAAACCUGAAACUCACUUAUAAUGGAAGCCCUUUUGG